GGGAAAAAAUCAGUAAUUGUGUCUUAUUUACGACAUUCGUAGUUUGGACCGAAUUUUGCGUAAAAUUGGGUAGAAAUUGGAUUUGUUUGUUAUUUUAAUGUCACCAUAUUGUGAGGUGGAGACACACUUGAAGGAGUGCACCUUUGGCCUGUGUUCAGACGUCUGGACCUUUUCCUGGAAAAACGAUAACAAAGAGAACGGACAGAACCUUUUCCGCGGUUUCUGGUGAAAAACAAACAAGGUGUGAAAAUAACAAAAAAUGUGAAAAAAACACGCUGAAACAAAGGAAAGCAAAAUAAAUGAGCGAUUAAUAAAAUAAAAGAAAGCUGAUGAUUCUUUGAAGAAAGGCGAGGCGGAUCGAAGAAAAAACAACAACGAAUAGUUUCCGUUCGAGAAGAUCGCCAAAAAUCAGUUUUCCCGUCAAAAAUCGAAGUUGGAAGCGACGAGUUUGAAAAGGAAGCCGGCUCUCGUUAUCGAUGGAGGCGGAGGCGGCGGCGGCCGAAUCGAUUUGAGACGGGAGGAGUUUCCAGUCGGCAGUUGGGUUUCGGAAGAUAAGAGGAAACGGGGCUCGGUCUCUAAACGUAAAUAAACAGCGGAUCGGGAUUUGAAAAAGGGGAAAAAAGAGGAAAAGGAGAGCCGUUUCGAGGGGCGGCGGAGCGAGGAGAGCACGACUUGGCGACAGAUGAACCAAAGCAGGUGCCCCCAGGAGGCGACGGCGACUUGCCUUUCACUCGCCGAAGAUGUCAACAACUUGGAAACAGUCUCCAGGCUACUUUCAUCGCCCGAAACGGAGGAAGGAGACGAGAUGGUCAACUCGCAGCACUAUUGCCUGCGGUGGAACAACUACCAGUCCAACAUGACGUCCGUAUUUCACCAUUUGCUGCGGACGCAGGCUUUCGUCGAUGUCACCCUAGCUUGCAACGACCAAUCUCUAAAAGCACACAAGGUUGUUCUUUCUGCUUGUUCAUCGUACUUUCAGAAACUACUCUUGGAGAACCCUUGCAAGCAUCCUACCAUCAUUAUGCCGCAGGAUGUAUGCUUCACAGAUCUCAAGUUCAUAAUCGAAUUCGUAUACAAGGGGGAGAUCGACGUUUCCCAGGCCGAACUCCAAUCACUUUUAAAAACGGCCGACCAGUUGAAAAUAAAAGGUCUGUGUGAAGUCCCUGAUGGGAAGGAAGGCGCCGAGGUGACGCCGUUGCCGCAUAACACUUCCAGAAGGGGUCUUUCACUCCGCCAAAGACGUUUGGCCACUGCAAAGCGCCGGCUUCAAUACCGAGAACGCCUGAACCAUUCCAACCAGUCGAAUCUAAGCCAGAUGGAUUGCAUGGAUGUCGGUACGGUUAUGGAGGACUCGAAGGAACUGCCCUCGCUGGUCGUCGUUGACCCUAGCCAGGCAUCACUGGCCGACCAGGGGAUGAUCCUGGCCUCCAGCCCGAGGCAAUUAAUGCAACCCUCACACAACAAUAUCCAGCAAUCUCAGGUUCCAGUGGAAAACGGUGGAAAUGAUGAAAAUAUGGCUGAAAUGGGACGAGUACCGACACCUCCGUCAACUUUAGUCCCGACAUUGGAAAUACAACAAUCCGAAACUCACAGAGACGUUGCAGUGGAUUCUAGCGAUUUAGGAGUUGUGGAUAAUAAUGUAAAAGUCAAAUUUGAAACUUUGCGAGCGAUCGAACAAGAUCCCUUAGACAUGGAACAGAUAACGGAUCAAACGGUUCAAACAAACGAUGACGACCAUGGCAUGCACACUAUGAUGAUCACACCGGAACUACUCGGCCUCAUACCUUCAUCGAAUUCAGAUGGAAGUGAGGCUGGAAGCACCAAUGCCAAAAAUGGAAUCGGUUGUUCCAGUACAAAAACAUGGACGCAAGAGGACAUGGGAGCCGCUCUGGACGCUUUAAGAAACCAGACGAUGUCGUUGAGCAAAGCCUCGUUACAUUUUGGCAUCCCUUCGACUACUCUGUGGCAAAGGGCGCACAGGCUGGGAAUCGACACACCGAAAAAAGACGGGCCUACAAAAUCCUGGUCCGAAGAUAGUCUCAACACGGCAUUGGACGCUCUCAGGACUGGAUCUAUAUCGGCCAACAAAGCCAGCAAAGCUUACGGUAUACCGAGCAGUACGCUUUAUAAAAUUGCAAGAAGGGAAGGGAUUAGACUUGCCGCUCCGUUCAACGCCGUUCCGACAGCAUGGGUUCCAGAAGAUUUAGAAAGGGCUCUCGAGGCGAUUCGAUCAGGACAGUUUACCGUUCAACGGGCAGCUACAGAGUUUGGAAUCCCUUCUGGUACGUUGUACGGGAGGUGUAAACGAGAAGGAAUAGAACUAUCUCGAAACAACCCGACACCUUGGUCGGAAGAUGCCAUGCUCGAUGCUUUAGAAGCUGUUCGAAAUGGCCAGAUGAGCAUAAACCAGGCGGCGAUACACUACAACUUACCUUACUCUUCGCUCUACGGCCGUUUCAAACGUUGUAAAUACGAGGCGGAGGGUCUUAGUUCGGGCGGGGAGAUGGAAAACGAUCAGCCCAUGAUACACCAGCAGCAACAGUCCCAAACGCAGCAACCGCAGACGCAGUCGCAAGCUCAAUCGCAGCCCCAGGCUCAACCUCCACAGGCUCAGACUCAGCAACCGCAGGCUCAGCCGCAGAUAAUGCUCGUACAGUACCAACAACCGCUGCAGAUGUAUCAAUCGGCCACAUGAGUAUUGCAGCCUGCGGCGCAUUUGUAUAUAUCUUAGGGAAUGUGCGCCCUGGGCGGUAAACAAGAAAAAUAAGGAAAAAAAAGAAAAAAAAAGAAAGAAAAAAGGAGUUUCUGUGGGAAUAACAACUUGAUUAAUUUGAUGUUUUUAUUUAUUAAAAUUAUUUGCGUUUUUAUUGUUUAUUGUUUAAAAUUUGUAGUUUCUUUUAUAAGAGAAGGUUUAGCAAUUAUUAUAAAUUUAAAAUAAUUUCAGAAAUUCGGUUUGAAUUGAUAUAUCAUUCUAGAUUCAAAUUUCAAACUCAACAACCAAAUGUAAUUUUGAAAAUGUUUUUUUUUUUUUUUACUAUUUUGUGUUUGUUUCACAUAGCGGCAUAUUUUUAAACGAUCAUAUAUUAACUUGUAAUGAUAGUGCUCUCUCAGUAAUCCAAAUUUCUGCAGGAGAGUAUUCGGUACUGAAAAAUUUGGAUACAGAGGGUGUUAAAAAAAUAUGUACAAUAAAACAAAUUUCGACACA